AUCAAAGGCAGCUUUGCCCAAGUCAGGGUAUUUCCAGCUUUGUGGCUUUCACUUCCACUUCUACCAGGUGGCCUCCUGUGGACAAAUCAGAUUUCUCCUCAGCCCCAACUUCAAGAAGUGAGCCAGGGGUUCAGGGUCUCAGACACGCAGGCAGCAGCGGCGGCAGCAGCAGCAGCAGCAGCAGAGGCAGCAAGAGGCUUGGGUUAGACCAGAGGCACAACCAUGGAAGACCAGCGCGACCUGAUCUCCAACCAUGAGCAGCUGCCCAUGCUGGGCCAGCGUCCUGGAGCCCAGGAGAGCAAGUGCAGCCGCGGAGCCCUGUACACAGGCUUUUCUGUCCUGGUGGCUCUGCUCCUGGCUGGUCAGGCCACCACUGCCUACUUCCUGUACCAGCAACAGGGCCGGCUGGACAAGCUGACUGUCACCUCGCAGAACCUGCAGCUGGAGAACCUGCGCAUGAAGCUUCCCAAGUCUGCCAAGCCUGUGGGCAAGAUGCGGGUGGCCACCCCCAUGCUGAUGCAGGCGCUGCCCAUGGAAGGCCUGCUCCAGGGGCCCAUGCAGAACGCCACCAAGUACGGCAACACCACAAUGGACCAUGUGAUGCACCUGCUCCUGAAGGCUGACCCCCUGAAGGUGUACCCACAGAUGAAAGGGAGUUUCCCAGAGAAUCUGAAACACCUUAAGAAGACCAUGGAGGGCCUGGACUGGAAGAUCUUUGAGAGCUGGAUGCAUCAGUGGCUCUUGUUUGAAAUGAGCAAGAAUUCGCUGGGGGAGAAGCUCACUGAAGGUUCACCAAAAGUACUGACCAAAUGCCUGGAAGAGGCCAGCCGCAUCCCCGCCAUCCACCCGGGCAGGUUCAAGCCCCAGUGCGACGAGAACGGCAACUAUAUGCCGCUCCAGUGCUUUGGGAGCAUCGGCUACUGCUGGUGCGUCUUCCCCAACGGCACCGAGGUCCCCCACACCAGAAGCCGUGGGCGCCAUAACUGCAGUGAACCACUGGACAUGGAGGAUCUGUCAUCUGGGCUGGGUGUGACCAAGCAGGAUCUGGUCCAAGCCACCAUGUGAGAACAGCAAUAGAAGACACCAGCACCCAGUCAGCCCUGCAUGGCCACAGCUUCCUUGCUCUCUUCCGUCCCCCAAACCUAGCCACAUACUCCUCCCCCUUACAUGCCCUGCUCCCGCCGUCUCCCCCGCUGCACCUCAUUUCGUGAGACUCUGGCACCUGGUUCUCCAUCAUCCUUGGACAGAAAUCACAUCAGAACAGCAGAUUAGGAGGGCCCUGCUGCCCAAGCCCCCAUCCAUCAGCAGACACACAAGGCCCAAGGAGCUGGACCAUGAGCUAGGCUGACCCCCAUUUCUGACACCACAGCAGCUCCCAACAUGGAGCCCCAAGACCUAGACCCAUGGACAAGGAGAGAAGGUGCAGGAGAGGGGACGGCACUUCUCCCCUCUGGCUUUCCAGCCUAUGUAAUUGGGGCAUAAGCCACCCUUUCCCUCUCCCCAGAACCAGCCUCUCCACCACAGCCCCUCCUCACCCUGCCAAAGCCCAGUUCCCUCCGCGCAGCAAGCUUGCCAUCAGCCCUUAGCAACAUGGCUUCUAAUAAAAGGUAGUAAGUAGAA